AUGGCCGUGUCCGUCCGCGGCGGGGCGUGUGCGCGCCUGGCGGCAGGCGGCGCCCAGCCUUCCCAGACCCACUGCAGGGCUGCUCUCGCUCGGCUCCCCGCUCCCGGCGCGCAGCUCCAGCUGCGGUCCGUCAGGCCGUUCGAGAGCGCCGGGGCCAGGCGGCGAUCGAUCAUCGCAGCGGCGUGGGGCGACCCGGUGGAGUGGAAGCCCUGCAAGGUGGUGCGUUCGGAGCGCGCGGCGCAGGACCUGACCAGCAUCACCCUUGACGUCGGGGAGCGGUCCUCGGGCUACACCACGGCCGGGCAGUUCCUGCAGCUCAAGGUCGGCGACUCCAAGCCCGCCUUCAUCGCUGUCGCGUCCCCGCCGCGCCCCUCGUCGGAGAUCGACCUCCUGAUCAAGUCCCAGGGCGGCACCUCCGACCUGCUGUGCGCGCUCCAGGCCGGCGAGGAGGCCGACGGGAGCGCGAUCAUGGGCAAGGGGUUCCCCGUCGGCGCCGUGUCGGCCGAGGACGCCCCGACCGUCCUCCUGUUCGCCACCGGGUCCGGGAUCAGCCCCAUCAAGGCGCUCAUCGAGUCGGGCCAGCUGAGCGGCCGCAAAGCGCGCCUGUACUACGGCGCCCGGUGCGCGGACAGCAUGGCGUUCCAGGACCUGUUCGACGCGUGGAGGUCCGCGGGCGUGGAGGUCACGCCGGUCUUCUCGAACCCAGCCGACGGGUGGGCGGGGGCCACGGGGUACGUGCAGGACGCCGUGAAGGCGGACCUGGGCGCCAUCGACGGAGCGAGCACGGUGGUCGUGCUGUGCGGGCAGAAGGAGAUGGUCGAGGGCGUCAAGGAGGUGCUCACCCCCGCGGGGGUGCCCGAGGACCGCUUCCUGCUCAACUUCUGA